GAAAAUUGCGGUUAAUGUUUGCUAUAAAAUACGACACAUCUAAGCAAGUGAUUACAGUGUCCAAAAUGAAGCUGGGACUGUUCAUCUUUCCAAUUCUUGUCUUUUUCAUCUCAGUCUUCGCAGUUGGAGGAGCUUCUCCGGCCGCAGAUGAUGAAGCACAAAUGUUGGAGGAGAUGAUGGAUGAAUUGACGCAAGCCGCUGCACAGGCAAGACAUGUGAGAUCCAGUGAGGUCUGGGAGAGGAGUGGUGUGAGACAAAAACGUCAACGUCGAAGAUGGCCGGAUUAUGGACCGUGUACCCCAGGGAAACAGGCUUGUUGGCGAAGGCCUUACGGGAGACCUGUCCACCGGCCUAGUCGACCAUGGAGAAGACCUCCAUGGCGCCGGGGUGGUUAAUACAAACCACUCAUCACCAGGAAAAGUGACAGAGGAUAUUGGGGAGGGUGGAUGAGAUAAAUCCACAUAAUAUUAUCAAACCAGACAAUGUUCCAGUUCUCUGAAGAAAUUUAUAGUUACAGUUGAUUCUAUUUCCUAUGCUCGAAAUUAUUCUAUUAUUCCAAAAUGCUUAGAAUACUAAUUGUGUUGAAUU